AUCAGGGUGUUGUUCCUGGUACAGUAGAGGAAGUCCAAUAAUUGGUGCUGCAGUCUCUCCUCCUGAAGCAGAGCAUGGAUGAGUCUCUCCAGACGCUUUUCCUCCGGUCGCUUCGCGUUUAGGACAACAGAUUCCUGCUCAUCCUCCUUUUGUCCAGGUGGCCUGCUUGCUGUGUCUGAUGCAAAAUUCCAUUAAGUGUGUGGUGGUGGGGGAUGGGGCUGUGGGUAAAACAUGUCUGCUCAUCAGCUACACCACCAAUGCCUUCCCAGGAGAAUACAUCCCCACAGUAUUUGAUAAUUAUUCUGCCAGUAUGCUACUGGAUGGGAAACCAGUGUCCCUGGGUCUGUGGGACACAGCAGGACAGGAGGACUACGACAGACUCAGACCUCUGUCCUACCCUCAGACGGAUGUGUUCCUGGUCUGCUUUUCAGUGGUCAGUCCAGCUUCUUAUGAAAACGUCCGUACCAAGUGGAGUGUGGAGCUGAAGCACCACUGCCCCAACACCCCCAUGAUCCUGGUGGGCACCAAGUCCGACCUGAGGGACGACAAGGACAUGAUUGAAAAGCUGAAGGAGAAGGACCUCUGUCCCAUCACCUACCCCCAGGGUUUGGCCUUGACCAAGGAAAUAGGUGCGGUGAAAUACCUGGAGUGCUCGGCUCUGACGCAGCGCGGCCUCAAGACCGUGUUUGAUGAAGCCGUCAGGGUGGUGAUGUGUCCUGUGACCGCUCCCAAACAGAAGGUCAAGAAGAAGUGCACCGUGAUAUAGUGAGAUCCACAGAGCUGCUGUUACAAGAAUAUACUGUCAAUCAACCAGCAUUUCUCAGACAGUCAGAUUCAAUACAAAGUGAUCAAAUACAGACACACAAGCAACAACCAAUAAUCUUCUGAAAACCCAAUCGCUACUGUAGCUUUAGCUCUAGGUUCCACCCUCUGACCUAAGACUUAGGAAGGGUUUGCAGGGUUUGUGGGCUCUGAGCAAAUCUCAUAAACAGGUUGGUGUGUAGAGCAUAGGAGACUCCAAAUGUGACCUUUCACCUUCACUAACUACCUCCACCCAAUAAGGCCCUUGAAUAUCCGUGGAUACUAUUAGCGGUCUUGUGAAUCUUUAAUGUAAUAAUGUUUUUAUGAACCUGAAGUCAUCUCUUCUCUUAGUAUUGUCUGAAUAUCUGUCAUACUAUCUAAAUAUGAAGGAUUAUAUCAUUUUGUUUUCUGAUAAAUUAUCCAUGUUUGGUUGUAAAUUAAAAUAGUGAUUAAUGCUUUAAACUCUGAGGUGAGCCUGUGUUUUUAUUCAGUCGAAUGGUUUCAUGUUUUGAAGCCUUUCAUGUGACAAAGAGCUUGUCUGCAUUCCCCAUCUCUGAAUGAGUCAAACACCCAUAAAUAAAAUGUUUCUUUUUUCUUAUUGGCUGCAUGUUUUCUCCGGCUGGUUUUGAUUGGCUGAUAAAUCCCCUGUGAUGACCUCUAUACCCAGAAGCUCUUGGCUCAGAGUCAACUUAGCAAAAAUCCUUUGCUCUGUGAGCUCAGGAAAUCUGUUAGUGAUCAAUGUUUUUGUUGGCACUGUACACUUUGCUGUUUGUCGCACCUGAGAAGCUUGUUUGCUGUCUU